AUGGCCAGUAGUCCAGGAGGUCAUGCAUCUCUAUCCAGUCAGAAAUCUCCACUUUGGGAAUGUUCUCGAUCAAAGAAAUUACAGGUCACUGAAGAGGAACUAUUUUACAUGAAUUGUAGAGCUGCCUAUCUAACUGUUUUUAAAAGCAGUUUAGAAAGUAUUAUGUCAAGAGAUCAACUUUGCAUAGCACUUCAAAAGGCAGGAAGAAAUCCAUCUCAAAAAACAAUUGAUAAGUACUGGACUCCUCAAACUGCCAAGCUGAAUUUUGAUGAUUUUUGUGCAAUUUUAAAGAAGGAAAAACCUACUUCAAAAUCAGAACUGUUAAAAGCAUUUAAGAAAAUAGAUGUAAAUAAUGAUGGCUAUAUUUUACACACUGACCUGUAUAAAAUUCUUACAAAGAGAGGUGAGAAAAUGACAGCAGAGGAAAUGCAUGUGAUAAUCAACUUGGCUGAUAUCAAUGCUGAUGGCAAACUUGACUACAAUAAGUUUUGUAAAUUGUAUGUGACAACCAAUGAGCAGUGUCUCAAGACUGCACUAGAAAAACUGGAAAUUGAUAGUAAAAUGAGGCUUCAGCAAUUAGGAAGUCACCUGGAAGGAUCUUCAGAGAGUGGCACAACAACAUUGUCAAAACCAUCGCCGAGAAUCAUUAAGAAGAUUGAUCAGGAAACCGUGCUCAACAGAGGUGAUGGCCGGAAUUCUCUACCAUUGGCACCUCGGAAGUACAGAUCAUCUACUUCUUUUAAUAUCAGCAUGGCGGCUAACAGUUUUAGAACCUCAAAGCUACUGGAGCCCAACUCAUUAAAGGAAUGGCAGUGUGCGCAGACAAAAGGCUGUUUCUUCUUAGAAGAAAAUGGUGAAAUUGUUAGUCAUCAAUACAAGAUCCACCUAGCCCAGAGGUCCAUGGUUUUUCUUACUAUUAAACCAUUGAACCUGAGUCAAGAGGAAGGAUUAUUAUCCCAUUGGCUGUCAGUGGAUACGGCUUUCUAUCUUCUCAGGGAAAGUGAAGGUCAACCGAAUCUGCAGCUUGUGUGCUUUCCAGAACUGCGGAAUAGAGAAAUAUAUGGAUGGAGCGGUGAACUAGGACCAGGAGUUUAUUGUUUAAUUCCUUUCACAACUGGCUGUCGACUGAAGAAGGACAAAAAACACAUUACCGAAGAAGCCAAGCUUGUGGCUAGAGGUGAAAAGGGAGAAUUAUUUCUUACAAAGAAAUUUAGAGCUGCUUUAUCUGACAUAUUUGAGAUCAUUGAUUUAGAUGGAAACGGGCUUCUUAGCCUUGAAGAAUAUAACUUUUUUGAAAUGAGGACCAGUGGUGAGAAAUGUGAUGAGGAAGCAUGGGCUAUCUGCAAAGAGAAUUUCGAUACAAAGAAGAAUGAACUAACAAGGCAGGGAUUUAUGGAUCUCAAUCUUAUGGAAGCCAGUGAUCGUGAUGGAGAUCCUAGUGACCUCUGGGUAACUCUGCACUCGAUGGGUUACAAUAAAGCCCUGGAAAUGGUCGAGGCGUGCCCGUUCGUCAUCGACGUCUACGCCGACAAGUGCCGGCCCAAAAUUAAGGCUCUCCAGAUGGAGUCCAACAGCGGCCAGCUGGACAAGAUCAUCUGCAAGUCUGUCAUGAGCAAAGGCAGCAGCAAAGCGAUCGACAGCCAUGAGAAUGUCUUCCUCCACACCUACAAGAGCGACUUCCGGGUCACGUCCGUUCUGGACAACAAGUCAGAAAAUAAAGUGAUUAUUCAUGUCAACAAUGAACUAAGUAAAAAUUGUGUCAACAACAGAAGUCUCAACAUCUUUGCUGUGGAAGUGGCACCAAAGUCUACCAUGGUCUGCCAGCACGUGAUGCCUCAGAAUGAGCGGCAAGAAUGGAUCUAUAACUGCGUGUAUUCCCUCAUGUCCUGAGGGCCGGCCUGCCAGGUUCAUUCUAUUAUCUCUUGGCCCACUGAGUCAUUGUGAAUGUAUACUAUGGAACAAAUCACUUCUCGGUUUGAAUCUCCCUUUUAGCUAUUGUAUAUUGUUGAUUUAAAUAUAUUUAUGUGGGUAUGUAAUAUAUUUAAAUAUGACGAAUUUUUCUUAUUUGGGGAGUAGAUUUAGGGCAUAUUUUCCAUUUUUAAAUUAUAUAAUAUUUUCUUCCCAAUUUGUAAUAACAUCAAGCAAUUGUAAAUAAGCCUUUGCUAUAGCAACAUUAAAUGAUUUCUA